AUACGCCACGCUCAGUCCAGACUCGGGGCCUUUGCACUGGCUGUGUCCCCUGCCUGUGAUGUCAUUCUUCUCUGCCUGGUCAACUCCUACCUUUGUUCAAGUCUGGACCCUGUCAUCGGCUCCUCAGGAAGGCACUCCGGGACCCCCAGAUGGGGGUGGUUCCCUGUGACUCCUGGCACGGAGCCCAACCCCUUCCUUGUUCAAUGGUUCCUUGAGGGACCAUUCCCAUGUGAUUAUCGACCAUUUGGCAGGCGUUGUUCAAAGUCAAAGGCCCCACACUGAGUCCUGGCCCAGCGCCCUGCGCCUGUUCGUUGCUGGAGGGACAGACAGGGGGCGUGUGGCGGACCAUCCUGUGCCCGCAGGCUGAGGAUGCAGCGCUGGAAGGCGGCAGCCUUGGCCUCAGUGCUCUGCAGCUCCGUGCUGUCCAUCUGGAUGUGUCGAGAGGGCCUGCUUCUCAGCCACCGCCUCGGACCCGCGCUGGUCCCACUGCGCCGCCUGCCUCGAACCCUGGACACCCGGAUUGCCCGCCUGGCCCAGUACCGUGCACUGCUGCAGGGCGCCCCGGAUGCGGUGGAGCUGCGCGAGCUGACGCCCUGGGCUGGGGAGGGGGAAGGGGGAGCCACUCUGGGUGAGGAGACUGAGGUCCAGGUGGACCCAGACCUCCCUUACCCGACGGCCUCCUCGGGCCGGUCUUCCCCCACCAGGUGUCCCUUCCCAGGUUCAGCCCGCACCUCCCCGCGACCCCCCCCCCCCACCGGCAAAGCUGGAGGGCGCAGAUCAGAAACUGCCCCCAGGGAGAAUCACCCAGACAUAGAGGAACAUCCCUGGCCCCAGGCUCCCGGGGACCUACAGCUACAGCUAGAGACACUCAAGGAGGCUAAUGAGCAGGACUUCCAGGGGGCCCUGAGAACAGGGCUUGGCGGCCAGGCCCAAGCCCGUGGGUGGUCUGCUUGGGAAGCAGUUUCAGGGCUGCCGCUGGCUGGGGUCCCUGCCCACCCCCGCAGUCUUCUGGCUCUGAGGUUUGAGGUGGUAGAUUCCUCCACCAUUUGGGCCGACUCAGCCUGGCCUCCGCAGAGAGCCCGGAGUUUCCAGACGCUGCGGAAGCCCAAGUGA